ACCAUAUUUCAGAUUCCUGAAACUUAGUGUAAAUCAAUAGAGAAGCUUUGAUGUCAUAAGUUUGGUUGCUAAAAAAUUAUUUCAGCCAACUGUUUUCUAAGCAUGAGUUAUUCUGGAGGUGAUGCAGCUGUUGUGGGGGAGUCGUCAGCAAGCACCAACCAGGGCUAUGUUGGCAUCAGGUUUUGUCAAGAGUGCAACAACAUGCUUUACCCCAAGGAAGAUAAAGAAAAGAAGAUCCUGAUGUAUGCUUGUCGUAACUGCGAUUAUAAAAUGGUGGCUGACAAUAACUGCAUUUAUGUGAACAAACUCAUGCAUGAGAUUGAUGAGUUACGUCACAUCAACCCUGAAGUUAUAACGGACCCAACGUUACCGCACACCUACGACCACCCGUGCCCGCGCUGCAAGACAAGAGACGCUGUAUUUUUCCAGGCGCAAACUCGUCGCGCUGAUGACGAGAUGAGGCUUUACUACGUCUGCUGCAACACUGACUGCAUGCACCGUUGGACUGAAUAAUCCUUACGCAAGUGUCGCUCCUUGUGCUCGUACAAUUGUAUUCCUAGUUAUAUUUUGUCUAUUACAUUAGUGGAAGGAAACGUCAGUGCGCCUGCCCUAACUUUGGUCUGGGAGGUGUGUGCGCUUGUUCGGCAAGACAUGGUGUAUGGAUAUUUCAUGAUUAUUGUCGUUCUUUUAACACUUUCUCCGUGUGAGAGAUGGUAAACCUGCUAACAUAAGUGAAUGUGGGCAUCUAUAGAGCAAUUCAUCCGGUUUCUGAUUUAUUUUAUCUGUCAUUUGUUUAGGGAUAUAUGUGUGAGAAUACGCUAAGCCAUCUCAUGUCUACUACCUAGGUUUGAAGUACAAAAACACCUUGUUGAUAUCUAGCUAAAUUAUCGCCUUAAGUAUGAAAAUUCACGAGCAAAUCGUGAAAGAUUACAUCGUAAUUAAAUUUUGGUAUUAA